AGUAAGUCCAACAUGGCAGAUGGAGUAGGUCUUGCAUGGUGACUAAAGCAACAUUUCAACUGAAACGGACAAUUUAAACUCCACUCCGCCACGGGACAGCCACCAUGAGGGAGAGACAGAAGAAAAAGAAGGGCAGGACGUGGGCGGAAGCCGCUAAAACGGUUUUGGAGAAGUACCCUAAUACUCCUAUGAGCCAUAAAGAGAUCCUGCAGGUGAUCCAAAGAGAGAGGCUGAAAGAAAUAAGAAGCGGAACCUCGCCGCUGGCGUGCCUCAACGCCAUGCUGCACACAAACUCUCGGGGUGACGAGGGCAUCUUCUACAAAGUCCCGGGCAGGAUGGGAGUCUACACGCUAAAGAAGGACAUCUCGGAGGGCAUGAAGAAGCUGUCGGAGGAAGGCUCUGACGAGAGCAGCGACAAUCUGUCGGACUCCCGAAGCUCGGAGAACAGCAGCACCGUUCCUCCAGAGGGCAGGAGAGGACGGUGGAUGCGGAGAGUCCCCUCCAAGCUGCAGUCACAGCCGUCGUCUCCACAGCCACAGUGCUCAUCGCCUCCCGUCUCCUCCAGUAAACUCAUCUCUCCCUCACAGAAACACAGCAAGAAAGCACUCAAACAAGCGCUGAAGCAGCAACAGCAGAGAAAUCAGCGCAGACAGGGUGGCAUGCCAGCCAUCUCCAGCUCCAGGCUGCUACUGAAGACCAUCAAAGACAUGGCAGAAAACAUUACAACAAAGACUGAUUUAUGCCACCCUGUCGUACCCAGAAAAGUUCCUCAGAGGUCCGAUCGUCUCAGUGCAGGGCAAAUAAAACGCACAAAGUGUAAAAUAGACGUGGAAACGCCAGACUCCAUUUUGGUUAACACCAACCUGAGAGCUCUCAUCAACAAGCACACCUUCUCUGUCCUGCCUCCCGACUGCCAGCAGAAGCUGGUCAAACUUCUGCCUGAGGUCGACCAACAGGCUUGCUUGGACGGCCUUCUGAAGGUUACGAGCUCGGCUUUAAACAAUGAAUUCUUUGCAUCAGCAGCGCAGUCUUGGAAAGAGAGGCUGGCUGAAGGGGAAUUCACGCCCGAGCUGCAAGUCCGAAUGCGUCAGGAAAUCGAGAAGGAGAAGAAAGUUGAGCACUGGAAGGAGGCUUUCUUCGAAAAUUACUACGGGGAAAAUUCAGGCCUCAGCUACGAGGAGUCCAAAGAGCUGAUAAAGCCCGAUGGCAAUAAGGAGCCUGUCAGGCGCCGCUCUCCUGUCUGCCAGACAAAUCCAGCCGCUCAGCCUCCGGAGGACAAGAAGAGCGCCAAGGACUGCGUUCAGACCGAAGCUACCACGAGAGACAAGAAACCAGCGGAGAAAUCCCCGGACCCUCCGAAGGAACCACCCCGACACAAAGAGUCCGUCCCCGCCACGGAGCCCAUGAAGACGCGUCGGUCGCAGCACGUGGAGGAUCGAAAGCUCAGCGCAGCCGCUCAGACCGGGCCGGCAACGACGGCGGCUGCAAAAACGCUUGAAUCGGAGAAACCGGCCGAGCAGAGCCCAACUGAAACACUUCACGAAAAGCAACAGAAGGGGGAGAAAGAAGAAGAAGAAAAGAAGAAACUCCCCGAGUCGCCCGUGAAGAAGAGCCCCCCGCUAAAGCCCAGCGCGGAUGUAAAAGAUGACCAGCCGGUGACCGCGGCGAGACCUGCUGCGGGCGACGAAGAGGUCGCUUCAGAGCCCGGCGCCGCCUCGGACGCCCACAAGAGGAAAACCCUCAGCGAGACGGAGGGGGAGGUGACUCCAGAGAAAAGGCCCCGUUUGUCUUCCGUUUCCUCCGUGUCGUCGGUCUCCUCUGCGUCGUCCAUAUCCAGCCCCGCCACGCCGUCUCCGACAAGUCAGAGGGUCCCGCCGCUCAAGAUCCCAGUGUCACGAAUUCUUCCUGUCCCUCUGUCACCAAGCCAAGUCUCACCAAAGACUCCUCUCCAGGGCCCGCUCAGCAGCCCGGGCCACACCGGAGCUCGCACGCUGGCUUACAUCAAAGCCAAAGCUCAGCUCGCCCGAGCGCAGCGCGUAGCAGCCGCUGCCGUGUCGUCCGCGUCGAAGGGAGCAGUGCCGGGCCCGGGGCCGGGUGGAGGUAGCGGUGGCGAUCACAGGCAGCUGUCACCCAGCCCCAGCCUCAGCCCAACUUCCCCACAGGCCUGCACCAGAUUACCAGCCACCAGCAGCAGCAACCAAUCCAGUGGGCUUUCUCCUCCGCUCAGCUCGAGACCAGCUGACGACAGGCAAAGCAAUCAUUUCACCAGCACAGUCCAAUGCUCCAAUGCUUCAGCAGAACAUUCAUCAGUGCAGACUGGAAAGGAUAAGGAAGCCCCAACAAGUGCUGCAUCACUAACCAGAACCAGUUCUUGCAUUCCAGCAAACAACCCCCUGGUGACGCAGUUGCUGCAGGGAAAAGAGGUUCCACUGGACCAGAUCCUCCCAAAACCCCUAUCCAACACGGACAUUCGGGUGUCGGCCCUAGCGUCUGGAAGUAAGGGGAAAGCGACACAUUUCGUUGAUCAUAAAGGAGACAGGCACGUGUCUCUGCAAGCCAACACCGCCGUACGAGCCGCAGAAUGCACAAAACAUCACCGGGAACUUCCCGAUAAGGAAACCCAGGAGCAGAUCCUGCAGACGCUGAUGCAGAGAAAUGCUCAGCAACAGAGCCAGCCGCCUGGAGGCGCAGGGCCGCUGCCCGCACACCACAGGGUUCCGCAAAUGCUGCACGCACAGGAGUGUCGGGAGCAGUCCAGAGUGUUGGUUGGCUUUCUGGGCCGGAGGAAGAUCCCCAAGCCGGCCAUGACAGGACAUUACCUGCUCAACGUGUCCACGUACGGUAGGGGAUCAGAGAGCAGGAGACUGCAGCUUUCAGUCUGCCCCAACAAGUCUGCUUUGAAGAGGGAAAGCACAGACGGAAAGGAGACAGCUAAGACGGAAGAACCAGCGAAGAAAGAUCUCGCGUCCGUCACUAGAGUGAAAACCGAGCAGCAGGGAUGUGCUGUUACCAGGGCCGACGACCCGGAAAGUUUUCAGCACUGCUCUGGCGUAAAGACCGAGCCUGGAUCCGAGAGCAGUGGAGCCGGCGGUGCCGACAAUGGCGUCGCCAGUGCUAAAGCCAAAGACAGCAGUCCGUUUUCUCCGGCGCACCGAAGUCACCUCGAACUCCGCAAUAACAAUCAAGGAAACUCUGAGCCAUAUCUUUCCCUCAUGGACCCCAGUCACCAGCAGCUGACUGCCUUUCAAAGGACGCUCGACAAUCAGGAGUCGGCAGUAGCCUCCAGCUACGGCGGCACCAUCAGCAUGUCUGUACCUCACACUCUGAACCACAGCGCCGCGGGCACCGCCUCUUCCGCGCCCUCAUCGGAGGUCGACGGCGGGGGCAUCUGUGGGAGCGUCAUGUCGUUCUCAGUGACUGUCACCACGAUACCAGCCGGUCACGCGCUAGACCACGGCAAUCAGGGCGAACCCUCGCGCGAGCAGUCCUUCAUCGAGGGCGCCAACAUGGAGGACGUUCAGUCGAAAUGCUACUGCCGACUGAAAGCGAUGAUCAUGUGCAAAGGCUGUGGAGCAUUCUGCCACGAUGACUGUAUUGGCCCUUCGAAGCUGUGUGUGUCAUGUUUAGUGGUACAGUGAAAUGGAGUUAAUAAUAACUAAACCAUGUAAGGGUUUCGUUAGGCAUGGGCCGGUAUGUGCAGCACAAUAUCAGGGUCACUUAGACAACAAAUUGAGAAUUUUUUUUUUUAUCUCUGUCCAUUUUAAGAAAGUCAAGCAUAAUGUUUAAAUACAAAAUAAUUUUUAAAAUGUCCAGAAGUAGUUAAUACUUUGGUUUUUUUAAUUAAAAAUGCUGAA